AUGAGAAAAUCACUAAUAAUAAAGGUUGCAAGUAUGGAGCAUCGUAAUUACCAACGAAGCAUUUCAGUGAGCGCUGAGGAGACGGACAAGACCGUGAUGGUGGGGAUGCCCCCCUCGAGCGACAUCCACGAGGCAUCCUGGGAAAGCCAUGCAACUUCCAUUCUGCCACAGCUUCCUGCCAUUCGGCGAAUCACCAUCACGAACCUGGAACGGAAAAACCAGGUCAUUUUCUGUGGGGGAGGAGAGGUGAGGCGGGGUGAGAAGACCGUGAUCGCUCUCAAUUCUCAGAACUGCUAGCAUCUCCGACAAGGAACGUGGGAGUUUCCCUUCUAAAUUGUUUUCUACAUUCCUCAUGAUUGCAUGUCGUGCAGAACUUGAUAAAGUUUCCUUCGAUCGUUUACACCAC